CAACUUGCGACGUGCGCGCGUGGGUGGGGAUGUGCCAAGACGAGGGGAGGGGCUGGCCUGUGUCCCUCUCCGACACGCAGGUAGGCACUCCCGAGGCGGCGACUCGCAAAGCACCUUCGAUAACAGUAAACCCCGGACGAGGCGUCUGCGCUCCAGCGCUCUCCGGCACGCCUCAUAAAAAUUGCUGUUUACCAAAGCCCUGGAGAUUGGACAUCUGUUUCGCUCAGCUCCGGCUGGGGUGCCGGACCAUUGUGCAGGCGACAGCGGCCCCCUGCAUAGCCGUACAACAGGGCCCCAUGCCGGCAGCAUUCGUAAUGGAUUGGCAGGCGUCGCAUCAUAAACUUAUUGGAACUCAUUAUCGCGGGUUCACAUGGACUAAGUCUGCGGGAGGGUUCGCACAGAACCUGGGCGGGGGUUGGUGCGUGGCGCACUGGCGCUGAGGUUGGGCCCCUGGCAGUAGCAGAUGGCCCUUGCCUCAGUUGCCUGCUUGCACGCUUGGGUUGUCGCCUCUGUAAGACCUCAAUCAUGUUGUCACCCUCACUGUUGAAGACGGACUCCAGCACUGGCAGGCCUGCAUCCUCAGUGCGCGGGUGGCGUCGGCAGCCGACCAUGCGCUGCGCAUCCAGUACCUCUAUGGGGGUGGCGGUGGCGGCGCCAGCGCCGGUGCAGGGGCUGUGGCACCUCCUCCGCCAUUACCGCCAGUGGGGACAGCGGCGGUGGCGGUUGGCUGUUCACAUUCGCAGCCAGAAAGUCCUCGAGCGCACGGCGCAGCAGCUGGCUGGUGGGAGGCCCAAGGAGGAGGUCAUUGUCGGCUGGGGCAACGUCGACACUGGCUACGGAUGUUGCGUCAGCAGGUCAGGUCAGACAGAGGUCCAAACCGGGCGCUGCUGCGCCUGCUGGUGGACAAGUACACGCACCUGGUGGUGUACGUGGACGAGUACUACACCAGCCAGGGCCGCGACGCCAACUCUGCGACGAACGUGCGGCAUGCGCUGAUGGAGAUGCUGCUUGGUAGAGCGCGGCCUGCGGCCCUGCGCCGCGGCGGCGAUGGUGGUGGUGGUGGAGGGCCUGGCCUCACCAGCAGCAGCAGCGGCGGCAGCAGCAACAGCGGCAGCAGCAACAGCGGCAGCAGCAGCAGCGGCACAGGGCCUGGCAGCAGCGGCACAGGGCCCAGCAGUUGCGGCGUGCAUGUGCGUAGUGGAGGGGGCGAGCAAGGCCACGUGGAGGAUGGAGGAGAGCGCGGCGCCGCCCAAGAAGCGGCGCCGGUGCUCAGGUGGAGGCCGGCCGGUGUCUGGUUAGGGUCUUUGCUGGCGAGCAUUGCACAGCUCAGUAUGUGAUGGGCCGCAGCAGUGAGGAGUGUUGUGGCUAGAGCGCUUCCUGCUGUUUGGUUGUCCUGUGCUGGCUGUGCUUGUGCUUGGCAGCGGGACGUGGCUGGACGCAUGGCGGGCCGUGCCUGUACAAACCGACCCCGGCUAUUGACGUGCGUUGCGGAACUAAUGCGUACGGCUAUGUCCGGGAGAUGAGUAGACGCUUGCGGCUUCAGACUUGAUACGUGGCUCAGCCAUUUUUUCCAUGCGGGACGGUGUGGGGACGUGACGUCAACUCCGCAACCAACAUCCGGCACGCGCUGGUGGAGAUGCUGCUGGGGCACAAGCGACCUGCAUCGCUGCAGACUGGCGGCGGCAGCGGCGGCGGCGGCAGGGGCAGCGGCGGCGGCGGCAGCGGCGGCAGCGGCAGCGGCGGCGGCGCGUGCGCCCAUCUUGGUAGCGGAGGGGGCGGGAAAGGCCACGUGGAGGAGGCGAGCGCAGCGCCGCCCAAGACGCGGCGCAAGCGCGCAGGCUGAGGAGCCGGCUGGUGUCUAGGUAGCGGUCCGCGGUGGGGCUGGCAGGGCAUGCGUAGCGGCAUGACAAGUAGUGCGGCUGUUGACAACUGUGCUGCGUCUGGCUACGGUUGGCUCUGCUGUGGCAUCGCGAUUGCUAGGCACCUGGUUUGGCUAUGUGCCUGUGGAAACCGACCCCGGCUAUGUCCGGGCGAUGAGGAUAGCCGGGCGAUCAGGUUGUUCGGCCUCAGACUGUGGAGGGGCUCAGCCCCUUUUCCCGUGACCGGGGAACACUUGUCCAUGCGAGGGGCCACCCUCACUUUUAAAUCCGACGCUGUUAUAUAUGUAACAGUGGCACCUACUGGGCUCCUACCCUACCCACGGAACUCCCUUAGCGAGCAUACAAGUUGCAGACUUUUGCCGGCAAUGGCUGCUACGGUGCACCCACCGUGUGUACGGUAUGUGGCAAAGGGGGAACGGGCAUUAAGUAGUAGCAGUACAAGUGCAAUAGCAAGUGCAUAGCACGCAGUCACUCUAUGCAGCUUAAUGCAAAACAUUGCUGCAGUGAUUGAACGUCAAGGGGGGGGCUGUGCGCGUUCAGGUGUACACUGUGGACAUUCGGGACAGGCGUUGCAGAUGGGUGCGUGGGAGGGGACAGUUCGUGCGAGAUCUGUAGGGCAGGCACGGUUCUUGAUGGGGGCGCCUGAAAAGACAGAUGUGCGGACUGGAGGAGGGAGUAAUUGGACUUGCUGUUCGCGCGACAGAAGAGGGAGGGAUAGGCGAACAGGGGAAAUCAGUAAGGAUGUGGAGGGUCGGAGAACUAGGUCGGACGGGGAAAGUAGUGGGAGGAGUGGGAGAAGUGUCUGUGUGCCGGAUGGGAGGCGGGAACGUCGCAACGGCCCGCUGCAGGAGCGAGCUGCAGGAGCGAGCUGCAGCUGCGCCUGGACAGCCGUCCGGGCGUGCCGCUGGGGUAGGUGCACAAGUUACCGGCGUCGAGGGUGUGCCACGGGUGCCACCACGAGCUGUGCAACCUGCGGGCGGUCUCCGCCUGCUGCGUGAAGACGUGCAGCAACAGCCGCUUCCUGAGCGACAACAGGGUCAGGGUCACGGAGAUGACUCGGGUCUACAUGAACCGCCACUGCAGAAGCAGCAGGCGUGAUAGCGGGCGGCUGCGUGCUGACCGCUGCGGAGCUAUGAGGAGGUGCAGGCGUGAGGUGCAGGGCUUGCUCUAAUAAUCAGGA